AUGUACUUUCGGCUUAGUUUCUAUUGGCUUGUCUAUCAUAGCCUACCACUGCUGCUGCUCACUGUUGCAGUUGUCUAUGUGUGCUUUAAUUGCUACUACAUUGACAAGACCCUCGACCACCGUCGUUCUCUGCAGUUCCAGUUGCUUGGACUAGGAAGCCUCAACUGUGCGUUACCGUUGGACCAGUCAGUCUACAAGAUUGCCAUCCUGGUGCCCUUUGAUCCUCGACUUGAGGACAUUUUUGCAGCACCUCCAGCCGAUCAGCCGAGGGCGUACAAAAAUGUGGCCCUGUUGCAUGUGCGUGUACGUGAGGAGAGCGAGGUGUCAGCGCAGGCGAGAGCCGCCUCCACUGCAGCCUUUUAUGCCGCCAAGGCCAUUCUGUCCGAGGGUAUGCAGUUUCGUGUGGAGGGAAUUAUUACGGAGCACGACAAUGCUGCAGACAUGAAGGCCAGGAUGCUGCAGCUUUCGGCCUACGGACGCGUUCCGGUUUCGAGACAAUUUCGGGCCCCACCCUAA